UGGUUUCAACCACGGCGCCAUGAUUGCCGCCCAAUUGGGCAAGUGUUCCAUCAACGUUGACGUGGUUUCAGAGCCCAACGAUGAAGGUGGUUGGAUGGUCUUCGAGGUUACAGCGACGGGCUUCGGCUCCGGAGACAUGUUCCUUCACUGGGGCGUUGGGAAACAGAGCGCUGAAGAAUGGAUCGUCCCGGUGGAGAUCCAAGCGCGAACGCAGCCAGCCGCCACUCGUGUCCCAGGUGCGCUACAGACAGCUUUUCCCGCGCCUGAUGGGCAGAAUGUGCGAAAGGUUCGCUUGGAAAUCAACACCGAUGCAAAUCUGAAAGGCUGCCAAUUUGUUCUUCACAAGAAGCCAAACGAGUGGCUGAAGAAUGGCGCAACGAAUUUUCUCAUUGACUUCUCGAAGGUGGCUGAAAGCCGCUCCUUUCGCAACUUGGUGGCGGCAGCAUCGGGCGAAGCCUCAGCCAAGGUCUCCUGCUACAGCUCCAGUGGAGUGGAAGUGGCGAUCAUUGCAGCAGCCAAGGGAGGAAGCUGCGAGGUCCAGGCCAUUGUCCGAACAGAACGAGAUUUGGUGCUUCAAUAUGGUCCAGCGGCAAAAGACCAUCGCUGGACAUCGUCCAGCAGGUUGAACCUCGAAAAGGCUCCUGGUGGCGUGUCGAAGGGCCUCAUCAAGAUCGAUGGACAAAACCUCAACAAGUACUUGAUGUUUGUCUUGCACGAUCCCUCAGUGAAUCAAUGGUUGAAGGAUGCUGGGCGCGACUUUGCUUUUGAGCUCCCCGAAGAGCUCUGCAAAGCAAAACCGCCAGAAGCUCCAAAGGAAAGCUUCGAACCGGCGCCACGGUUGCAACGACGAGCUUCAAAGCUCUUCAGUACCUUUGUGGAAGAAGUGCAGAGAGCCGAGCCGGAUGCAAAGACCACCAGUUGGCAGGUGCCUGGAACCAACAUCGAGGUGGUUCUCUUGGCCACUUCCGUCGAGGAGGAGUGCCAGUUGCACGUCUUGGUCCACUGCUCCACCGAACUGGUGAUUCAGUAUGGUCCUGCAGGCAAGGAUCGGGCCUGGAAGUCCUCCAAGCGAGCACCGUUGGUGCGCUCUGGCACGGACAAGUUUGAGGUCUCCUUUACUAUUCCAGCUGCUGAAGUGGAUACCUACAUCAUGUUUGUUCUGCACGAUGGAGCUGCCAACCGGUGGAUUAAACAUGGACCCCAUGAUUUCGAGUUUGAGCUCCCUCGACACGAGGAGUGGGACCGCGCGAGAAGGGAAGCAGAAGCUCGAAGUGAGGAAGAAGCAAGACAAGCAGAUGCAGUGAAGAACCAAUUUCUGGAGGGGCGGCGGCAACGAGAGGCGAGAGCGGAUAUCUCCUUUACCUCCUUCGCCUUGCAGGGCGACUUUGGCACCAUGGACGUGGCCUGCAUCAGUGAAGGCGAGCACAAGGCGAAGGUGGAGAUCCGCGCCUGGUUGAAUCCUCGUCUGGGCGAAUGUUUGCUGCACUUUGGAGUUUUCGAGAAGCCACAGAGUCGACAGUGGACCUCCGCAACACACAUCAAAAGCGUUCAGUGGCCUGCAGAUUUGACCAAAGUGGAUGAGAAGGCUUGCCGAAUGAAGCUGCAGAAAAUGGAGGGAGGCAUCCAUGGAAUUGACCUGGCCGUUACGGCACAUGCUGAGAAGGAAGACUCUGAAACGCUGAUUGAGCCAGAUAUUGGUGGUUUUGGUUUCGUCUUGAAGACCAUGCACGGAGAUACGUGGAUCAAGCCCACAGAUGGAGGGGAUGCUACCGUGCGCUUCUCCAGCAAAGGUCGCUGGAAAGGACCCUGGGCUCAGGUGGCGGACAAAAUCGUGGAACAGGAGACCACCUGGAACCAGAUGUCCUUGAAGAGGAGAUACGAGAACUGCUUGGAUUUCCUGGAUCAAUGGGAGAAGAACUCGCAGGGGCUUCAGAUGCGACGCUUGGCGUCCUGGACCACUUUGGUGCAGGUGGACUCCAGCAAGGCGGUGUGGUCGCGAAUGCCCUCGAUGCCAUUGAUUGAGAUGUCAAAUGAAGAGGAGACCAACGAAGAGUUCUGGAGUUGGAUCUUCGUCUGGCAGCGCUUUUCCUUCCAGCAGCUCCUGACCUGGGAACGCAACACCUGCACGCAGCCGCGGAUGUUGGCGGCCACCACCAACCAGAUCACGCAACGCCUAGCGGAACUCUGGAAGUCUACGGCCAGCUGUCGCUUGUGGAUACGCUGGACCUUAUCCACCAUGGGACGUGGAGGCUCUGCGGGGCAGCAGAUCCGCGAUGAAAUCCUGGUGAUUAUGCACGCGCACAACAUCAAGGAGAUCCAUGGGACCUACUAUGAACAGUGGCAUCAGAAGUUACACAACAACACCACCCCUGCAGACAUCGGCAUUUGCCGAGCCAUCAUUGCAUACCUGCGCGGCGGUGGUGACAUGGGCUCUUACUGGAGAGUGCUUGGAGAGCAUGGCAUCACCAAGGAACAUCUGACUUCCUACAGUCGACCCAUUACCACCGAACCCUACAUGGUUCAAACCGAUGUGGGACGCCUCAUCAACGACUUCGAGAGGUAUUUGGCGAUCCUGCGCAACGUCCACGACGCCUUGGACCUGCAGUUGGCCUUGGACCAUGCGAAGGGCUGCCUGCCGGGCCAUGUGCAAGGAAAACUUCAGGACAUCUGCAACAUGGGCGGAACUGGUUUCAACAACCUGGAUGAAGGCCAUGGCAAGUUCAUGAAGAUCUCAUCGGGACGUGAUGAGUUGCUGGCUAUCCUCAACAACAAGGGGACGGACCCCUCGGUGAUCAAACAAUUGCUUGUCAUCGACUACACCUUGGAGACGCAACAGAGUGUUUUGGUCCAGGGCUUAACCUCCGAGACGCGUUUGCCGCAGCUCUGCGGACAGCUGCGGGCCUUGUUGACGGCAUUGGUGGGACACCUGCCACAGGAGGAUGAGUUGCAAGCGUUGCUGGCGGAUUGGACCACCUUUUCCGACAGCUGCUCGCAGAAACGCUGGAAUUCCCCUGAGGAGAGCGCCUUGCUGCUGAAGGCCUUGUGCGAUCGCACCAGUCGUGUGGUGGGGGAGUUGAGUGACAAGUGCCAGACCAUGAUGGGUCCGAAGGCCGCUUUCCUGGGAACCGCCAUUGAUGCACCCAAGAAGAACAUUGAUGUCUUUGUGGACGAGGUUCUUCGCGGCACCUCGCUGAUGGCCGUGAGUUUGAUCCUGCAGCGUAUGGAACCGGUGCUGCGCGACCUCGCACAUUUGCCGCCAUGGCAAAUGAUCUCUCCCAUCGACAAGCCUAUCAAGGGCGUCUUACAACUCAUCGACAAGAUGACUGGAGUGCAAGGAGAAGUCUUCCAUACGCCAACGAUUCUCCUCAGUGGUGCUGUGAGUGGAGAAGAAGAGGUGCCAGAUGGCGUUCUUGGUGUUCUGGUUCGCAGCGCAAAGGAAGCACCCGAUAUCCUGUCACACUGCGCCGUGCGCGCUCGAAACUUUGGCGUCUUGCUGUGUACAUGUUUCGACCCCAAGAUCUCUGAGAAAUUGGCUGCUGACUUUGCGAACCAAUGGGUGGAAGUGAGGUGUAAGGCCGACGGCAGCUUAACGGUGACGGCCUGCGAAAAGCCCGCCUCGCUCGAAGCGGAACAGGCUGCGGCCGAGGCGGAGCAUGCCAAGGCUGCACAGGCAGAAGUGAAGAUGAAUCUUACAGAUGAUCUGAAGUGCUCCUGGUGUGUACGUCCAGAUGAGAUGAACAGAACUUCCGUGGGCUCCAAAAGUUUGAACCUGGCUCUGCUGCGACCCAAGUUGCCCUCUGAGAUCUAUACACCCCAGGCCGUGGCCCUGCCGUACGGCACCAUGCAGAAGUCCUUGACGGAUGACGCCAACAAGGAGGUCUUACCCAUGCUGCAGAAGGUCUUGAAUCGAUUGCAGCCGCAGACCUCCAAUGAGGAUGCGCAGGUGAUUUUCGAGGAGGCCCAACAGAUCAUCGAAUCCAUGCGUUUCCCCCAGCAACUGCGCGACGCCAUGCGGAAAGCCAUGGCUGAAGUGGCCACGGAUGGGGAGGAGCGGCUGACCAAGCUGUUCCAUGAAAGGGACGCCUGGGCAGCUGUGAAGGGCGUGUGGUCCUCCCUUUUUGCCCUACGGCCCUGGGUGAGUUUGGCAAAGGCUGGUCGAAGCUUCCACGAUUUGAACAUGGCGGUGCUGGUUCAGGAACUCGUUGAGGCGAAGUAUGCCUUUGUUCUCCACACCAUCAACCCAUUCACCAAGGACAAGGAAGAACUCUAUGGAGAACUGGUGGCCGGAAGAGGAGAGACUCUGGUUGGCAACUUUCCGGGGCGCGCCUUGAGCUUCGCCAUGCGCAAGGGUGGCGAACCAAGGGUGAUCUCCUUCCCCAGCAAGAGCGUGGCUCUGCAUACUCAGCACUGCCUCAUCUUCCGCUCCGAUAGCAACGGUGAAGACCUGGAGGGCUUUGCUGGCGCUGGGCUUUUCGAAUCAGUUUGUGCAGAGGAGGACAAGGAAGGUUUCCAAAGAUUGCAUCGAUUAAAUGUCAUCACUGACCGAGAUUAUCGAAUGCAGCUCCUCAAAAGGAUCGCGGAGGUCGGCUGGGCCACCGAAAAGGCUUUUGAUGGAGCACCUCAAGACAUUGAGGGAUGUGUGGACGUGACGGAGAGGAUUUUCAUUGUCCAAAGCCGUCCACAAGUUUAAAAUCACAACAAUGAUCGAUUGUUCCUAACAAAA